AAGUUUUUCAAUCGUAUGUAUCGGUGAGUGUAUUCCACCUGACGAAAGCUUUUUUACCUUUCUGUCAUUUCUCGAUUGUGAAAGGAAUGCAACGCAAAAAGGGAAAAUGGUGAGGAACAGUGAGUUAGUUCCGGAUGAAAGUUUACUUUUGCCCCAAGAGAAAGACUUUCAUGUAAUGUCUCGUUAAUUAGUACAUUCAUAGAGACAGUAGGGGCAAAGUUGACCUUUCAAAUUAGGCAAACUGACUGCUAAAUUUGUGGAAAUUUGACCGAUAUAACAGUUAAAUGACUACUUCUGAUGUAGGGUCAUCGCGGACGCAUCUCGAAAAUCAGACGGCUAACCAUCUGACGCUCUAGUUAUGCACUUAAUCGCAUCUUAUACGUGAUUAUCCCGGUGAUGAAUGUAACUCAUUUCAUAUUGGUACUUUAUGCUACGGACAUGUAUUCCCAUAUAGGUCGUUAUACGCACUUUCGGCUUCUCAUGUCCGGCAUAGAUUCCUAAGUAAAGCCCUGAGUAUUAUUAGUCACCUGAAGUCAUUUACUAAUGAGAAUAAUCAAACAGUGUAACUUAGUUGACACGGGUGGUUGUUACCAGUUGAAAAGUAGGAAUCCCCUUCCAUAAUUUGAUCAGUUCUCCGAUUAACACAGUACUUCCCAAAUAAAUUUAUACCAGUUCCUGCAUUCAACGCUUGGUGUAUGGAGAUACUUGUUUGGUGAAAUACCACUGAGUUAUGUGUUCUGCUCUCGUACUUUCAAUCUUUGUGUUGGUUAUAACGUUUAGUUUCCGACAAACUAUACGACAUAUGGUCUUGGUAACCUUAUGAUCAGUUCCCAACUCUGAUUCACAAGUAAACUACUUGUUAGCUGUUGUGUGUCCCAUGAACCUUAUGUUCAUAAACAUACCCACAAAAAAUGAUCUGACCUAAAAAUCCUCGGUUAAUUCCAAAAAGAUGCACUCUGUAGUCUUUUCGUUUUUGAUGUAGAUUUUGCCGUUUUCAUCCUAUUGAUUGUUAGUCGUGAAUCAGUGUUUAUUAAUAUUUGAAAACUUUAUUCGUCGUUUGAUCUGAUACAUGGUGAUACAGUUAGUUUUCACCAAAGGUUUAGAGAUGCGAAGCGGGACUAAGUGUACUACUUAUGGAAUUACUGGGUGUUAUUUUGUCCCAUUUUUGCUAGAGCAUGAAAUACGUAAGUUGCUGUCUAGGAUUAUUUUGUGAAAUUCAUCAUUUCCUACAGUUUUCAAGAGCUAUGAAGUGUUUUCCAAAUAUUUGUAUAUAAUAUACAGAUAGUUGAUUUUUAGUCGUUCCGUUUAUGGAACGCCUAAACCGGUUUUACAUGUCGAUUGGUGUUUAGCUUAUCAAAAAUUAUGAAUGUAAGUGUUUAAACUUUGACUUAUUGAUUACAACAUUCACGUUUCAGCUUUCGGCUUUACAGAUCAUCGUCUGGUGUAAACCCUUAAUCUCUAAUAUUCUUAGUUUCGUGAUAAAGUUUCUCCGUUUUAAUAGCAAAAUAAGAUCAGUAUCCAAGUAAUAAGUUACUUCUUUCGCAACUCAUCUGUUAUUGAAUACCAUUCAGUUAUAUAUUGCAAAAAUUACUUCCUUACGCAUGUACCUUUGUUUCGAGGAGCACAGGUCGCUCACCAGCAUUCUCUACCCAACUCUGUCCCGAGCAAUCCUUUCCAGUUGCUCUUCAUACUUUUCAUGUAUGCUUCCAAUUCUUGACACAGUAUUUUCUUUGGCCUUCCUCUUUUCGGUUUCCCUUCGCGAUCCCAAGUCAGCGCUUGCGUCCUUAUGCAGUUUGAUGGUUUCUUCAAUAUAUGUCUUAUUUUACUUCCAGCGUCUUUCGCUCUUCAGGUGGAAUCUGGUUUGUUCCCUAUCACGGUAGUCUGUCACUGGUGAUAUCUGGCCAAAUGACAUUGAGAAUCUUGUUUAGACAACUGUUUAUGAAUACUUGUACUCUUUUGAUGAUGGUUGUAGUAGUUCUCCAAGUUUCAGGUCCCUACAGCAGAACUGUCAUGACAUUCGUAUUGAAGAUUCUGACUGAUGUUGGUUGACAUUUGUUUUGAGUUACAUAUAUUCUUCAAUUGUAGGAAUUCGGCCCUUGCUUUGCCAAUCCUCACCUUUAUGUCUGCGUACGGUCCCCCUUGUUCAUCGAUUAUGCUUCCCAGGCAGGUGAGACAUUCAACAUCUGUCAUAGCUUUUCCAUCAAGUGAGAUCGGUUUGGUGUUCUCCGUUCUGUAUUUGAGAAUCUUACUUUUUCCCCUAUGUAUGUUGAGGCCUACUGACACAGGUUUCUGCUACACUGUUUGUCUUGACCUGUAUUUGUUGGUGUGUUUAGGAUAGAAGGGUUAGGUCAUCUGCAAAGUUCAAGUCGUCUAGUUGCAUCAAACCUGUCCACUGUAUUCCGUACUUUUUGUCAGAUGUCGAGGUCUUCAUAAUCUAGUCAACCACUAGAAAGAGGGAGAGUAGGCAGCCUCGUUUGACUCCGGUCCAUAUUGCAAAACUACUAGUUAUAAAGAUUCUGCUUCAGAUUAGUACUUAGGAAGUUUAACUUUAUUGAAACAAAGGGUAUCACAGUGAGUUCAGGGCUAAUCGUUUAAUCCUCAUUGACCGUAUUACAGUUUCGGAACUGUCAAAAAGUUUAUCAAGCAAAUGGGUUCAUCGCCUUGAGUUUUAUCGUCAGACUAUCUUGUAUGAUUGUGCAAUAUUAACUAAUCAUCAGCUAUCUCUCUUGCAAUAUAUGCAGCUAUUAUCAUAUAGCCAUCUAUCAAAUACAAAACAUUUUUUGGAGCAGCUUAUUUUCCUGGCAGUUCGUUGUCUCUGUGUAUUAGUCCUGAGCUACCUUUUUCAGGAUUAUCGCGACUAAUAUUGUAUGAAAAUUAUAUCGCACCUACUUUUCUCAGGAUUCCUGUUCUCUUGCCAGAUCCCUGAACUGCCAAAAUUCGUAACUUGAGUUUAUGAUCUCCUAUAUUUUUGAUUUGAAAAGUUGGGUAGCAUGGUUUUAGUAAACGCUAAAAUCUACUUGAGAGUCCACGAUUUUAAAAUUUCUUUCGUUUGUUUAUACAUUUGUGUGCAGUCGCUAAGUGCUUCGUAUCAGUUUUAAAUUGUCUUGCUUCAGAGAUUAAAAAGAUUUAUUUGUUUUCUACAGCAAAAAUGAAGUCAGAAAAUGGUCCCACAAUCCCGUUCAGUUCUGAUGCGCUUGUAUCAAUACUUUCUCACAAUCUAGCAUCAAAUUUAAAACCCCAUCAAGUUUUAGAGCUCAUCAAAAAGCUGUCCGUUAAUUUAACUGGUCAGCAGAAAAUAAAUUUACUCGAACAUCUCCUAGGUUUAACUUCCAUUGGACAUUUUGAAAGCUUACGCUUAGCGACGCAUCUCCAUUCAUCCUGUCAACGUAUGCCCGAUUGUUGUGACUUUGUUACUUGGUUACCAGCGGAAUUAACUUUACGAAUUUUCUCUUAUCUAUCAUGGAAAUCUUUGACAGUAUGUUCAGAAGUCAAUAAAAGUUGGCUAAAAUACGCUCGACAUCCUGAUUUAUAUCGACACUUUUGUAUGCUACCAAAAUGGUCCUCACCUAUUCUAAGAAAACCACAAUUAAUCAAUUGUAUAACAAAACCCAAUGAACAUAAUUAUCGUGUACAAGAGGAAAAUUCAAAUAAUUUUAUAAGCAAUCAUUUAAAUAUUAAUUGGUUAAAUGUAUUCAAGAAACGUGUGUGUCUAAGACGUAAUUUUCGUUUGGGCAAACAUCGAAUACGUAAAUUUAAUGGACAUAGUGGAGCUGUUUAUUGUAUUGAUUGCGAUGCUUAUCGUAUUGUUAGUGGAUCAGCUGACGCAACAAUACGUGUAUGGAAUAUUCGUACAAAUGCGAAAUGGUCUGUUCAAACACUUCGUGGACAUUCAGAUGCUGUUCGUUGUGUACAGCUACUAUCCUUACCUCAUUACCAAUCAAAUAAUAAUAAUAACAAUAUCGAUGGUUAUUGUUCCUCUCCUACUGUACAUUGUAUUCACGAGUCAAUUGCAUCAAUACCAUGUUCUUUAUGUAAAUUAGAUACAACUGUUACAUAUCCUAAUUGUUGGGAACCACCCGAAGUACUAUUAAUAUCUGGUAGUGCAGAUACUACUUUAAAAUUAUGGCGUCUUUCUGCAACAUCUAAUUGGUCACGUAUUGCAUGCACAUGUACAUUGCAAGGUCAUACUGACACUGUAAGGUGUGUACAGGCUGAUCAUGAAAAAGUUAUCAGCGGUUCAUAUGAUUGUACAAUACGGUUAUGGAGUAUAAUCAGUGGCCAAAUGAAAAGAAUUUUCCGAGGUCACUCAGCCGGUAUAACGUGUUUAGUGUACAGCGGUAAUUUUUUAUAUUCUGGCUCUUUAGAUAAUACAGUUCGGAUAUGGAAUAUCUCAACUGGUGUAUGUUAUCAUACACUUAUUCGACCAAUUUAUAGAAAUAAUUUGACAGAAACAGCUGUAUUUACUUCAUCAGUUUCAUGCUUACACUUGGAUUAUUCACAGAAUAGACUUGUUGUAGCUUAUCAUGAUGGUACAGUAUUAGCAAAACAUUUAUCAGCAUUUAAUCCAUUGAUAAAUGGUCAUAACCAUGACAUCAGCCUUACGAAUACUGCUAAUAAUAAUAACAGUAGUAUAACGUGGGCAUUUUAUCCGAGUACGAUAUAUUUAGAUGAAUACUUAUAUAAAACUGAUUAUAAAUCGGGCAGUUUAAUACGAUGUUUAACUGGUGAUGCAUGGCAUAUAAUAUGUGGUUCCGAUGAUAAAUCCAUUAAAGUUUGGCAAGUAGGUGAUAAUAAAUUUGUCCAUAGUUUACAAGAACAUGAAGAUGGUGUAACAUGUGCUGUGAUAUCAGGUUCUGUAAUUAUUUCUGGUUCUUAUGAUAAAACUGUCAUACUUUAUGACUUUGAUCAAAAAUACGAGGUAGAUCGUGUAAAAAGACAUUUCGAUACUGACAUUUCAUACGACGAUCCUACGCUUAGAGAAUGGUUGAAAACUGGAAUUAACCUCUCUUAUAAUUCCGUGACAAAUUUCAAAGGAGUUUCUGUUAAUGAUCUUCACAAAUGUCAUGGUGACCAGUUGGCGGGAGAACAAAUGUCAAUAACUUCACGCUUGAAAAGUGUUAAUACGAGACAUAAAGAGAUCGACUUUAAAGCUGAUAAAAAUGGUUUAAGAAAUACCGUUUUUUCAGUUAAUGGUGAUAAAUACAUAGGUGAAUGGAAACACAACAAGCGUCAUGGUUUCGGCAUAUACGAAUGGAAAAAACCAAACCUUGUUUAUGAAGGUAAUUGGGAGAACAAUAUGCGUAGUGGAUCUGGUGUUUUGAGUAGGAAAUUUAGGAAUGGGAAACAAAUAAAUGUUUACUCAGGAUCCUGGAAAUACGACAAACGCCAUGCAAGUUGUUCUAAACGUCAUUAACAUUUUUUCAAGGGUUAUGGAAACAACUGGUAUUCAGAUAAUAAAAUAUACGAAGGUGAAUGGUACGAUGGAAAACGUUCUGGAUGGGGAAGAAUGUACUACCCUGAUGGAAGCAUUUAUGAGGGACAGUGGUUGAAUGAUAAACGACAUGGAGAUGGGAUGCUUAGAUUGGCAAAUGAAAAUAGAUUUGAAGGACAGUGGUUAAAUGACAAGAAGAACGGAGUAGGGAAAUAUUUCUUCCUUAAUACUGGCCAACUAAUGGAGGGAAUAUGGUGUGAUGAUGUACCAAAAUCUUCCCAAAUUCUGGAUCUCGGAAGGCAAGUAGCGAAAAGUCCAACGGAGUCCGAAAUACCAGAGAUAAAAUUAAAAGACCCUAAUGGUAUCCUCAAGAAAGUGCAAGAGAAGCUGAUGGAAAUAAUACGUACCAACAACCCAGAGAGUUCCUGAGGGCAAAACCAAAACAAACUGAGCAUAUUUUGUUAUACUUGGAACUGAAAAGCAGUUGUACAAUCAUC